GACGCGAGCCGAGCCGAGCCGAGCCGAGCCGGUGAUGGGCGGCGCGUCCCUGCGGGGCAGCAGGCCGUACGCUUGCUCCCUGCUACUCCGCUGACCUUAGGCCAGCAUCAGGGAGACUCGUCUCGGCCAUGGGCUGCACCGUGCAUCUGACGGUUCCACCGCUGCAGGGCGGCAGAGCUGUCAUCUGGGAAUACAGAACUGCCCAGCAGGAAGGAGCCAUCCUCAGUUAUGCUUUCGAUGGAGCCAGCACCACCUCUCACCCUUACGAGAACCAUGUGAGGUUCAACAGAACAGACUUCUCGCUGCAGAUGGUGCUGCAGCGGGGGGAUGACCGGCUGUACCGCUUCAGGUCCGAGCUGGAGGCCACGGGCUGGUUCCAGCUGCACGUUGUGGAACCACUUUCCAAGCCAGAAAUUGUGGGCAACUCAUCAGUGAAGGCAGGAGACAACACCAAACUGGUUUGCAACGUCCUGGAAGGGAAGGCAGACGCUUACUGGUGGAAGAAAAACGGAGUGUUGUUGCUGGGGAGCGACCAUAUCCAGCUUGAGAACACUACCCUGUGCAUCCUGAGAGCCUCGAUGAAUGACAGUGGCUACUACACUUGUGUAGUCCGCAACAGAGUCAGCCAAAAUGAAACCUCCUUCCUGCUCCACGUCCAGAAUGCAGCGAAUGUGGUGCUGCCCAUGAUGCUGGCGUGCGUUGUUGCGGGCUCGCUAGCGGGUGAGUGCUGGGCCUGGCUCUUGCCCUGCCAUUUUGGCCGCUGCAGUGGGUGCUUGCAUGCGAGGAGGGAUGCGGGAUGA